UAAAAUCUAAAAUUUAAGUCAUCUUCUUCCUUUCAAUUAUUUCACAAUUAACCAGAUUUUUUGUACAAAUAUCUUGAAAAGAAUUAAUUGUUAAGUAUGGAUGAUGACCGAAGAAGUCGUACUAGUGCGGGUAGUGCACCAACUACGUUUAGCAAUGCUAAACCAAAAAUUGUGGAUCCUAUUCGUAUAGAAUGUAAAAAGGUUGCAAUCAAACCUACGGGGGCGUUUCUUGAUACUUAUACCGAUGUAAAAUUGGGUGUAUUAUUUUGUCAUUCUACUCGUGAUAUGUACUUGUGUUUGAACGAGUUAAAAGAUAAAAUUUGCAUCCCGUAUGAUCAGAAUUGCCGAAUACAAAGAAUUAGAAAUCUCACUCAUACCUAACUUUGAUAGAAGGUUUUUUCAAAACGGAGUUGAGAUAAAAGGAGAUCCAUCUAAUGGUCUGUUAGAGAAAGCAACAUCAUUGCUUUUUAUACCCUGUCCGUUUGUCAGCCUCAACGUAUUGGUUUCUGUUGAAGCUGCUUUUGGAAGGUACAGAACUGAAAUAUUUUUAGACAUUAGAGACCUAGAUUCAUCAAAUAUUCAGGACAAUAAUUCUAACUUAAAUAAUGAGAUGUUUGUGAGAUUUUACUUGCAUGUAGAACGUGGGGGAGUUAUCGUUCCGCGAGAUAUUAGUUUUAAUGGAAUUAUACAGGCUAUUGAAAGCAGAUUUGAUUUUCAACUUAAUCAAGAACGUAUAUCUUAUAAAAAUGGAGCAUAUGACAUGGUCGCUAUUAGAGAUGAAGAAGAUUGGAAGGUUGCUAAGUGGGAAACAAAACAUUCCGAUAAAGCCGGUGUGAUGGACCUUUAUUUAUAUUGAGGAGGAUUAGAUAUUUGUAAGUUAUGUUAUUCUAUAUUUGUAGAAAAGUUACGAACAACAAUCAAAUCAAUCUACGAUACUUAAUUAAAGAAUUUGCAGAUGAAAAAAAGAAUUCUUUUUAAUGGAAAUAUCAAAAAUUAUAAAAAA